AGAGUCUCCACACAGACAGACAGCCACAUCACUACUCCUCCAGCAUGCUGCGCGCCACCGUGUUCUUCUGCGUCCUCGCCGCGUCUUCGUGCGCGCCGCCGCGCUCCUGCGAACCCGGAGACCAAGCUUUAGGAAGAUGCAAAGACCCGGAAAAAGAGAAGGUGCAGUGCACAGACAUGGUGCUGAGCUACUGCCAGGAUGUGCCCUAUAGCCAAGUUGUCUUUCCCAACCUCAUCGGACAGCAGUCGCGACAGGAGGCCGAGCAGAGCACUGAGUACCUGCUGCUUAAUGUCCUGCACGGCCUGCUGGGGGGCGAGUGCUUGCCCGAGCUACGUUUUCUCGGAUGCUCAGUACUAGCUCCACGAUGCCAUAAGAAUAAAAGAGUAAAGCCAUGCCGCAGCUCAUGUGAGGCUGUGAAGAAGAACUGCGCUCAUGCCUUUGAAUCCAUUCGCAUGGCCUGGCCCUACUUCCUGGACUGUGACCGCUUUUUUGCAGCUGAGGAAGAAGGCUGCCAUGACCCGCUGUCUGAGCUCAAAGCCAGGCAAGACGUCGCCUUCUCCAGCAUCUCAGAUGGGGGUCAGGCAACUGUUCUUCAGUUCACGUACCACACUAACGCUCAAAUGUUCAGCAUCUUAAAGAAAACAGCAGCCAAAUGCCCCCAUAUCUCUCGAACCUACAGCAUCGGCCGUAGUGCGGAGGGGAAGGACUUGCUGGUCAUUGAGUUCUCCAGUAAUCCUGGACAGCAUGAGCUACUGGAGCCAGAGAUUAAGUUGAUCGGGAACAUGCACGGAAACGAGGUUUUAGGCCGGCAGCUGCUUAUCUACCUGGCUCAGUACCUGUGCUCUGAGUACCUGCUGGGCAACGAGCGGAUCCAGAGCCUCAUCAACAACACUCGCAUUCACCUGCUGCCCUCCAUGAACCCAGAUGGCUAUGAGAUUGCCGCCUCAGAGGUAGCCGAUAGCAACGAUCCUGAAAACACCAACCCAGAAGGUCACUUGUAUAACGGUUGGGUCAGCGGCAGAGCCAAUGCUCAGAACAUCGAUCUGAACCGCAACUUCCCCGACCUGACCUCCAUUUACUACAACCGACGCCGCUUCAUCCGAUUCCGCACUGACCACCUUUCCAUCCCCGAGAACUACUGGUCGAACAAGGUAGCCCCAGAAACCUACGCUGUGAUGAAAUGGAUCAGGUCCAUUCCAUUUGUUAUCUCUGCCAGUCUACAUGGGGGAGAACUUGUCAUCUCGUAUCCCUUUGACUUCUCCAGACACCCCCUGGAGGAGAAAAUGUUCUCUCCAACACCUGAUGAGCAGAUAUUUAAGCAGCUGGCCCGGACCUAUGCGGAUGCUCAUGCGACAAUGGCCAGCAAUGAGACCCAGAGAUGUGGAGGAUCAUUUGCCAGCAGUGGAGGCAUUAUCAAUGGAGCUCAGUGGUACAGCUUUGCUGGAGGCAUGUCAGACUUCAACUACCUGCACAGUAAUUGCUUGGAGUUGACGGUGGAACUAGGCUGUGAUAAGUUCCCUUCAGAAGAAGAGCUUUAUCCAGAGUGGCGCAGGAACAAAGAAGCUCUGCUCAGUUUCAUGGAGUCUGUCCACAGAGGAAUAAAGGGUGUUGUGAAAGACACAUAUGGAAAUGGAAUUAAAGGUGCCGUCAUUUCUGUUAGAGGGAUUCGGCAUGACAUCACAACAGCUGAAGAUGGUGACUAUUGGAGACUGCUGAUUCCGGGUGUCCACAUCGUAACCGCCACAGCUCCUGGCUACUCUAAAAUGGUGAAGCGCAUCAGGCUGCCUCACACCAUGCAAAAGACAGGACGUGUGGACUUUGUGCUGAGGAAAGUGCGAGUAGAACCUGACCACGACUACUUAUCCAUACCUGACCUGGAUAAUUAUGAUCGAUUUGAUCCUUUCAACGAGUUCGAGCAGUACAAUGAGCCUGAUCGCGGAGAGAAUGGAGAAGAGAGAAGUGAAAAGCCUUGGUGGUGGGCAUACUUCAGCCAGAUGGGGAUGUCCCCUCCUACUUGGCUUCUUAGGAACUAUUAGCACCCUCACAUUGCCCCUUAAUCUCAUUAACUGCCUCCUGUAUGUGAAUGAAUGCACCUUAGGUUUCAAUUAUUUGAAAUAUACAUCUUCAUCCCAAGAUAAAAGUGGAUUGUUUAAAAAGAAAAACUCAACACUUAGGUGUUUGGAUUUGUGUUUAGACUGUAGCUCAUAAACACGAUCUUGCAUUAAAAGCAGAAAUUACUCACACCAUUAUGAAAAUUCUAAUAACAGCAUAUUUUCAGUAAAAGAUGGCAGCUAGACCAUUGCUUGGCUAAGGGUAAAAUGUAUAUUUGUUUUGUCAUGCAGGCUUUUUAUGCAUAGGCACGUUAUGCCAAAACCCAUUUCAAGCCAAUGGAACUCUGGGUUUAAUUCUAAUCGAACCACUGUACCAUCUGUUUUCCAUAAAACACAUGGCCUACAAUAGCAAAUGGACUGGAAUAAUUAGGUUAGGGUGUGAAAAUCUGUUUCUUCUCAUUCAAUGUACACUAUGUUGUUCAUUAGAUUAGUUCACAGUUACAUUUGUUAACCAAAGGUCUUUAAGCACUAAACUUGUGCGCUCAGUAUUGGGUGUUAAUUCUGUAAAGUCAGGCUUAUGUUUUGGUUAAGAUCUCUGGACCAGAGAGUUAUAAAUCUCUAACCAAUUUGAGUCUACCUGGGUCUGAUUUGUAAAUGAUCAUUGUAAAUAGAUCAUAGCCUGCACUGCUAUGAUCUAUUUAGCCUAAAUGUUAGGACUUGUUCAAUGUACGGAUUUUAUACUAAAAUUUGCAAAGGAUUACUCUCCUUUAAAAACUUGAUGAACCCAAGAACCAUUAAAAAAAUGCAGAAAGCA